AUGCCUUACUACGCAGUUGCCAAAGGGUCAAAGACCGGCGUCUAUAAUAACUGGAGCGACUGUAAAGCACAAGUCAAUGGUUAUAGUGGAGCUAGUUUUAAGAAAUUUAAUACGGCUGCAGAAGCAAACGCGUUUGUUUCAAGUGGCGGAAACUCGAGCGGCGGUAGUUCUAGUGGUGGCUAUUCUCGUGGUGGUUCUUCUAGUAGUGGUUAUUCUCGUGGAUAUUCUGGUAGUUCUUCUAGUGGAUAUUCUGGUGGAUACUCUGGUGGAAACUACUCUGGCGGCUAUAGCAGCAGUUCCAUAUCCAAGCCAUCAAGCUCAAAGGUGACCAAGAGUUCAAGAGUUUAUGUUGAUGGGGCCUCAAGAGGAAAUGGGAAAUCAGCCAAUGCUCCAUCUGGAUACGGUGUUUACUGGGGUCCAAAUGAUCCAAGAAAUGCUGCGGUGCCAUUAGACAAAGUUGAUAGAGGUACUUCAUUCAAGCCAACAAACCAAAGGGCAGAAUUAAGAGCGAUUAACCAUGCCUUGAAAGACAUUCAUAAUGACUUGAAACUGGGAAAUGCUAGUACUAAGACAGAGAUUCAUAGUGAUUCGCGCUAUGCUAUUAGAAGUGUCGAUGAAUGGUCAGACAAAUGGGCUGCAAACGGAUGGAAGAAUUCCAAAGGGGAACCUGUUGCCAAUCAGGAGUUAAUUAAAGAAACAGUGGCAUUGAAAAACAGUAUUAAUAAAGAGUAUCAAGCUCGUAAUUGGGGUGAUGUUGAAUUUGUGCAUGUGAAGGGACACUCAGGAAAUCCCGGUAAUGAAGCAGCUGAUAGAUUAGCCAACCAAGGUGCUGAUAACUAUGGGAAAUACAAGUAA